CCCCAUCACACGUGCCCAGUCUCACUGCACCAGCAGCAAAUCCAGCAGAUCCAGCUCCCAUCACAACGACAUGGACGAGGAGCAGCACGAGAAGCCAGGAACAAAACGCGCACCAAGAAGAGCAGCUUGCUGUUCAGGAGGACACCGCCGACGGUGAGGAGACCUACUAUGAUGCGAUGAUGGAUACCGAUUCGACCCAUGUCGAGGCUCCCGCGCAUGCUGCUGCCGCUGUGGCGACUUCUGCCGCGCUUCCCGCACUGGACCGCUGCGUGUCGAUUGCUCCUGCGCCAGAACAGACUGCCGAACAAACCGUGCCCCCGCACCUCCACCACCACCAGCAAGUUGGCAAGAGCUCGGCCAUGGCUCCCCUCGCUCGCCACGCAACCUUUGCGUCGUGGCCUGCCGCUAACGCCGCUGCUGCAGCAGUCAACGCACGCGCUUCGCAGUCGACAUUGAUCUCUGCCGCUCAGGCCCGCUUGUCCAACGCCGUCAAGCCCACUCGCCCCAUCCCUGCCGGAGUGCCAAACCUUGACGAGGAGGACUACGACUUGAGCCUCAUGUACGUGCCCGAGUACGCUGCCGAGAUUUACGAGUACCUGAACAACCUCCAGCACGUGUACGCCAUCAACCCCACCUACCUGAGCCGCCAGCCCGAGAUCACCGCUCGCAUGCGCUCCAUUCUUGUCGGCUGGCUCUUCCAAGUCCACCAGACGUGGCCCUUCAAGCAGGAGACCCUCUACCUGGCUGUGCACGUGCUUGAUCGCUUCCUCCAACGGCGCCAAGUGCCGCGCACUCGCCUGCAGCUGAUUGGCCUGACGUCCUUUAUCAUUGCCGCCAAGUACGAGGAAAUUUACAUUCCCGAGAUCACCGAGUUUGUCGCCCUGACCCACAACCUCUUCUCCAGCCAAGACGUGCUCGUCGCUGAGAGCGAGAUUCUUGUUGCUCUUGGCUUCAACCUCGGCACCCCGUCUCCGCUUCACUUCCUGCGUCGUGGCUACCGUGCAUCGCCUUGCCGCCCUAAGACGUACACCUUUGCCAAGUACAUGUGCGAGCUGAGCCUGUACAGCGCGGAAAUGCUCGAGUUCCCUCAGUCUACCAUUGCUGGUGCGGCGCUGUUUGUGUCGCGUCGCAUCACCAGCCCCACUGAGGUCGCCUGGGACGACAGCAUGCAGUUCUAUCUGUUUACUCCUUACGAGGCCAUGCUCCGCUGCGCCCGAACGCUGUUGGAACUGCUCCGAGUGGCCCACACUGACAACGUCUACGAGGCCGUGUACAACCGCUUCCGCGAUGAAGCCAACCAGCGCGUUUCUCGCAUUCCCCUGAAUGCCGAAAAGCUCGAGCUUGUGUUUAAGGACAUUUAAGCGCGCUAUGGUUUGCGUUUUUUCAUUCCUUUUCGCCCGAGCCCC